ACACUGCGCCCAGCCCGCGCCCCGCCGCCACCUCGGCCCGGGGAGCCGGGCGAGCGAGCCCUGCGUGUCCGCGCGGGGCGCACGGCUGCGCCCGGAACGGAGCGCCCCGGGGCGGCCGCAGCUCCCCGGGCGCCAUGCAGAGAGCCGGAGGCGGCGGCGCCCCCGCGGCCGGCGGCGGGGGCGGCGGCGGCGGCGGCGGGGGUCCCGGCACCGCCUUCUCCAUCGACUCCCUCAUCGGCCCGCCGCCGCCGCGCUCCGGCCACUUGCUCUACACCGGUUACCCCAUGUUCAUGCCCUACCGGCCGCUCGUGCUGCCGCAGGCGCUGGCCCCCGCGCCGCUGCCCGCCGGCCUGCCGCCCCUCGCCCCGCUCGCCUCCUUUGCCGGCCGCCUCACCAACACCUUCUGCGCGGGGCUGGGCCAGGCUGUGCCCUCGAUGGUGGCGCUCACCACCGCGCUGCCCAGCUUCGCCGAACCGCCCGACGCCUUCUACGGGCCCCCGGAGCUCUCCGCCGCCGCCGCCGCCGCCGCUGCCGCCGCCGCCGCCACUGCCUCCCGGAACAACCCCGACUCGGGCGCCCGGCGUCCGGAGGGCGCGCUGGAAGCGGAGGAGCUGCUGCCGGCCCGGGAGAAAGUGGCAGAGGCCGCACCGCCCCCGCCUCCGCACUUCGCGGAGACUUUCCCAAGUCUGCCGGCGGAGGGAAAGGUGUACAGCUCGGACGAGGAGAAGCUGGAGGCCCCUGCAGGAGACCCAGCCGGCAGUGAUCAGGAGGAAGAGGGCUCAGGUGGUGACAGUGAGGACGACGCUUUCCUGGACACUUCCACAGGGGGACCAGGGGCUCUUCUGGGACCUAAACCAAAGCUGAAGGGCAGCUUGGGGACUGGAGCCGAGGAGGGGACCCCAGUAGCAGCAGGGGUCACAGCUCCCGGAGGCAAGAGCCGGCGGCGGCGCACAGCAUUUACCAGCGAGCAGCUGUUGGAAUUGGAAAAGGAAUUUCACUGCAAGAAGUACCUGAGCCUGACGGAGCGCUCCCAGAUUGCCCACGCCCUCAAGCUCAGCGAGGUACAGGUCAAGAUCUGGUUUCAGAAUCGCAGGGCCAAGUGGAAGCGCAUCAAGGCUGGCAAUGUGAGCAGCCGCUCUGGGGAACCCGUGCGGAACCCCAAGAUUGUCGUGCCCAUCCCCGUGCACGUCAACAGGUUUGCUGUGCGAAGCCAGCACCAGCAGAUGGAGCAGGGUGCCCGGCCUUGAUGGCUCCAAGGACUUGGGAAGGC